UAGAGGGACAUUUUGGAAAUUAAUUUCUAGUACGGAUCCCACCCUACAAAUCUAACACAGCACUAACCUUGGCAAAAGGAGCGGCGUCGUUUUGGUCCCAUUUUACAGUUACUUUAACUCGUUAGCAAAUCAGAGCAAUAAGUUCUCAAUUGCGAAUGCAAGUGAUGUUUGUUCGUCGAGUUGCAGCCAAACUUAAGCCUCUGCCAGGAAGUAGGGUGUAUAGCAAUGGUAGCAGCCAUGAUCUUUCUAAAGCUAUCGCAGAGCUAAAUCAGGAAAUGGAAUCUGUGUUCGGCGAACCUCCUGCAUCUAGUCAUGCUGGUUCUUUAGAGAGCCAGUCUAUGGCUCAAGAGUCACACCUUGUAACCAAUGAUGUACCACAACAAAAAUCGUUUUCUUGCUUGACGCAUAUUGGUAAUAAAGGUGAAGCACAAAUGGUUGAUAUCUCCUCCAAAGAGACUACCAAGAGAGUGGCUGUUGCAAGUUGCAAAGUUAUGUUAGGGCGGAAGGUUUUUGAUUUGGUUUCGGCCAACCAAAUGGAAAAAGGAGAUGUUCUUGGUGUGGCCAAAAUUGCUGGAGUUUGUGGUGCGAAGCAAACUAGCAACCUUAUCCCACUAUGCCACAACAUCAGUUUGUCGCAUGUCCAUCUUGAUUUGACAUUGAACCCUCAUGAUCUUAGCGUUGAAAUAGAAGGUCAAGCUGCCUCAACUGGGAAAACUGGGGUGGAGAUGGAAGCCCUGACAGCAGUUACGAUUGCCGGUCUUACAGUGUAUGAUAUGUGCAAGGCUGCUUCAAAGGAUAUUGUCCUUACAGAUGUAAGGCUUGAACACAAAAGUGGAGGUAAAAGUGGUGACUGGUCCAGGAAAAAAUGAUUCAGUUCUAGAAAUGCUUGAUGAAUCCACGUUCUGUCAAGAAGGUUACUACUUGUGUGUCACUCGUAUUGGAGUCUCUAAUUCUCAUUGAAAUAAUAUGAAACUCUGCUACUAUUGGACACGUGAUUUACCUUUUGAGUAUUCAAUAGUAUAAGUGAAAUGUUGGUUUACACUAUCUAAA